GGGGGCGGAGCUUCGGGAUCAGCGGGGCUGCAUACCGGGACCCCCGGGGACGGAGACGCGCGCCCCUGUCCGAGCUCACGUCGCCUCGCAGUGUCCCCGCGGGGAGGAGCCGACCACCCGGAGUCACCAAAGUUUGAUUCUCCUCCCCGGGAGGAGUCUUCGGGCCGCGGUCCCUCCGGGCACCGGGCGCCACCCGCACACACCCAGGCCGGGACCAGCUUCUCCCUCGCUCCGAGUCGGAGCCUCAAAGUCGGGAGGCGCUGCGGGCCUGCGCACGCGCCGCCGCCCUCGCUAUCCUCCCCGCGGAGCUACAGAGCCCCCCCCUCCGCCCCAAGUUCACGAGUUCCACGAGUGGAGGGACAGCGCGGGGCCCGCGCGGGGCCAUGGAGGAGCCGCUGGGGUCGCCGCCCGCUGCCCUGUCGGCGCUGGAGAAGAACGUGGCGGAGCUGACCGUCAUGGACGUGUACGACAUCGCGUCGCUCGUGGGCCACGAGUUCGAGAGGGUCAUCGACCAACACGGCUGCGAGGCCAUCGCACGCCUCAUGCCCAAGGUCGUGAGGGUCCUGGAGAUCCUCGAGGUGCUGGUUAGCCGACACCAUGUCGCUCCCGAGCUGGACGAGCUGCGACUGGAGCUGGACCGGCUGCGCGUGGAGAGGAUGGACCGCAUUGAGAAGGAGCGCAAGCAUCAGAAGGAGCUGGAGCUGGUGGAGGAUGUGUGGCGGGGCGAGGCGCAGGACCUCCUGUCCCAGAUUGCCCAGCUGCAGGAGGAGAACAAGCAGCUGAUGACCAACCUUAACCACAAGGAGGUGGGCUUCUCUGAGGAGGAGUUCCAGAAGCAGGAAGGCAUGUCAGAGCGAGAGCGGCAGGUGAUGAAGAGGCUGAAGGAGGUGGUAGACAAGCAGAGGGAUGAGAUCCGAGCCAAAGACAGGGAGCUGGGCUUGAAGAAUGAGGACGUCGAGGCUCUGCAGCAGCAGCAGACGAGGCUAAUGAAGAUCAACCACGACCUUCGGCACCGCGUCACAGUGGUGGAGGCUCAGGGCAAGGCGCUGAUUGAGCAGAAGGUGGAGCUGGAGGCGGACCUGCAGACCAAGGAGCAGGAGAUGGGCAGCCUGCGGGCGGAGCUCGGCAAGCUCCGAGAGAGGCUUCAGGGCGAGCACAGCCAGAAUGGAGAGGAGGCGGCCGAGGGGCAGCCGCAGCCAGACGGAGAGGAGUCCAUCUCAGAUGCAGAGAAAGCAGCCCUGGACCUCAAGGACCCCAACCGCCCACGGUUCACGCUGCAGGAGCUGCGGGAUGUACUGCAUGAGAGGAAUGAGCUUAAGUCCAAGGUGUUUCUGUUGCAAGAGGAGCUGGCCUACUAUAAGAGUGAAGAAAUAGAAGAGGAGAAUCGAAUACCCCAACCUCCGCCCAUCAUACACCCAAGGACGUCCCUCCCACCGGAGUCUGGGAUCAAGCGACUGUUUAGCUUUUUCUCCCGGGACAAGAGGCGCCUGGCCAACACGCAGAGACCCACGCACAUCCACGAGUCCUUUGGCCAGUGGGCAAAUACCCACCGAGAUGACGGGUACACAGAGCAAGGACAGGAAGCCCUGCAGCACCUGUGACUGUGCCCCACCCCCGGACCACCUGCCACCUGCUGCGGGUGGCCGCCUCAACAUCCAGCCCUCAAACGAACUGUCUGCUUUGAGGGUGGAUGAUGAAAAACUGAUGCCAAAUCCUACAGAAGUGUUUAUUUAUCUGCAGGGCUAUCUGGUUUAUACUCAAUGCCUCAGACCUCUUAGGACCUAUAUUUAAUAAGGUGAGGAUCUGAAGCCAGACCACAUUAAUUUUAGUUAACAAGCUUCCAAAGCUGAACACUACCAUGGCUGUUUGACUCCUAGGUUUAGUUUGGUUUGGUUUGGUUUGGUUAUGGCCUUUGCCAUGUUAGUGAGGAGCUGUGGAAGGGGAGUUUUAUAUUGUGAAGUUGCCCUGGAGGGAGCAGCUUAUACAGUGUGUGGAUCGGACUGGUGGAGCCUCUAGUCACAGGAUGAGUCACACAAAACAGAAAAUCUUCACAGUCCUUCCAGCCACGGACUAGAAACAACUGUGGACUGUGGCUCACUGUUCCUGAUAAGGCUAGAGGCCUGAGCAGCCUGUCUGAGGUGGUGUGCCUUGAAAUCUGCUGUGAGCUACACAGUACUAACCAAACAAAGUUGUUUAGGAUGAGACAUUGGCGUGCUUCCUGUGUGCAUUUUUCCUUUCUUACCCCCCUUUAUUUUUAAAUGUAUUUUGUAUUUUGAAUACUGGGUCCUAUGCAAAGGAGACUAUGCCCUUAAGUGGACUGGAUGCCAGCCUCUUGGAGCCUGGGUGAUUUGCCCUUGGCAGAUGAGGAAGACAGACACAUGUAUGGGUGGGAGGGCAUUGGGUAGGAAGGGGCUUGAGGACCACAUGUCCAGCUGAUCCACAGUUGCCGUGCCACUGGAGGAGCUGGAGGCUAGCCCAUUUAGCGCUCAGGGUUUGCAGCUUCAGAGGGCACUACUUCCUAAGAGCAUAUGAUGGAUGGAGCCAGGCCCUGUGCACUGUGCUAAGAAAUGAGGUGAAGCUGAGCAAGGGGGUACGUGCCUAGAACGCUGGGUUUGGCUCCAAUGAGUGACAUCUGAAGUCUAGCUCCUUCCUGAAAGCAAGGAGGUAAAAAAAAAUCCUGUAACAACUUUGUUUUGUUUUUUGAAGCAGGGUUUCUCUGUGUAGCCCUAGCUAUGCUGGACUUCCGUUGUAGACCAGGCUGGCCUUGAACUCAAAAUGAGUUCUGCCUUUGCCUCAUUGUGCUGAGAUUAAAUGCGUGGGCCACAAUGCCUGGCUAGCAACUUGUUUUGUGUUGGUUUUUGAGCUGGGGUCUUGUUAUAUGGCUCUAGCCGGCCUCAGACUCUGAACAGUCCCGUGUCUCCCAAGUGCUAGGUUGGCGGCCUUGUGCCUCAUACCUGGUUCUGAUAGCAACUUUUAUUAUUACACAUAUGGGUGAUCUGUGUGCCAUGGUGCACAUGUGGAGUUAACAUGACAACUUUCAGGAGUUGAUUCUAUCAACCCCAGGUUCUGGGAAUCUAAGGUCAGGCAGGGCUGUGUGACCAUUUAAAAAAAAAAAAAGACUUUUUAUUAUAUAUUUGUGUGUGUCUACACACACAUACCCCUAGUGCCUAAGGCCCAAAGAGAGUGCCAGAUCCCCUGGAACUGGAAUUUAGAAUUUACAGAGGUUUGUAAGCCACUAUGUGGUACUGGGAACAGAACCCAGGUCGUCUUCAAGAACAGCAAGUGCUCUUAAAUGCAGAGCUGUUUUUCCAGCCAGUGUGGCACAUGCUUUUAUGCUCUAAGCCACCUUGCUAAUUCUCCAAUGGCAGUAUGGUUACUAACUGAAACAGGACCUGGAAUUCCAUACAGAUCCAACUGCCUUCCAGGUGUUGGGAUUAACGGUGUGCUGCACUGUGCCUGGUUAAAUGGCAUUUCUUUUUUAAGUCAAAGCAGUCUUUGAUUCAUUUCAAGUUCCCAGAAGACAGCUGUCCGGCAAACCAGAAACCAGACAGUAAGUAAAAGGAAACACUGGCCCCACAGACUAGUCCCGGGUAGUCUAUCUCGCUCCUCCCCAUUCUUUCAUCUCAUUCCUGCUGAGAUUUAUCUUUUCCAAAGGCUCAAAGUCAGUUAUAGAUCACAGCCCUGCAAGACUGCUUUUCAUUUUAAAUGCCAGCUGGGGAAGAAGGCCGACAGUCAGCAUUUUGCAGGGAGUGGGUUAUAUGGACUUGUCAGCAGCUGCCUGCUGACCCAGAUGCUCAGCCUGCUGUCUGGUUAUUAAAGGCUGGAACAUUCCUA